AUGCCGUCCAUCUCGCUACCCCAUGCACAUCCUUUGCUUUCACCUGAACAUGUAUGGGUACAACUUGCGUCACAGUCUGAGAUCUUGACUGAUAUCUAUCUCUGCUGUGGGGCAUCAUAUUUAGCAUAUUUGCAUGGUCUCAACGACCAAGAUGCAGCCAAUUGGGCUGAGCAGUAUACCCAAUUGGCUGAGACUAAGUAUUCGCAAGCAGUAAGUUCCUUGAGUAGAGCCGUAGCCACUAAGCUGAUUGACCUCGACAGUGAUUGGCUCUUUGCUGCCUGUUUAGCACUUUGUCUUCGUGACCGUUCGUUUGGACUAAAUGGAUCCAGAUGUGCUCAGCAUUUGAUAUUUGUAUAUAAUUUGAUCAAGAGAAGAGACCUAAAGAAACGGGAAACGAUAAAAGAAGAAAACCCCUUCUCCAAAGAUGAAACAGUCACAUUGGCUACGAAAGUUACCCCGAACGAAAGAUCCUUUAUGGACAGCUUUGUGUUCAACUAUUCAGCUGCUUUACUUUCCUGUUCAACAAAGGACUUGGUGACAUUGCCGUCUCCUUUCGAGUUCUUUGAACCAGUAAGACAAUGGCUACAAUACCCCAUCUACAGAAACGUAGAUGUCAAAUGGAUGAACAACCCAGUCUUGGGCUCUGCCCUUGACAGCUUUGAAGUGAUCUCGAAGCUUCUGUGGUUGCUCCGAUUGCACUUUAAUCACGAAGAUGACGAAGUUGAUACCGAGAAACUACUCGAAUUUCACAUAAAUGAUGAACAGUUCUGGAAACUUGUUCUCCCUCUCAGAGACGAUAUAGAGACUAUAGAGAAGAAAAACGAAGCCACCAAAGAAGACUUGAAUAGACUCAAGAUCAAGAACAUCAAGUCAUACAAAGCGCUUAGGAGCAACUUGGCAGUGUCUAUCAUGACCAUCAACGCAUGCAAGAUUCUUAUAGAGAAAUUAAUUAACCCAACCAUUCCAUCAUUUUUGGCCAUCAUACAAACAUCUACAAAUCGCAUCCUUGAAGAGUUGGAUGAACAUAUUCCGUUGGAAAAUCACUCGUCGUGUUUGAUAACGCUAAGCUUGUUCAUCGCUGGAGUCUCAACCACAACAAAUCAUCAAAGAGCCGUUUUAAGUAGGAAGCUAAUAGAAAUCUCAAACGUUCUAGCUUCGAAUGUGGGCAAGAAUAUCUUGAAGGUGUUGAACUUUGGAUGGGAAAAGGAGUAUGUGGACAAACAUACGUUCAAUUUAGGCGACAAGGGCUACAAGUGCUUUGACUUGAUCUUCGACAGACCAAGCAUAGAGCUGAUAACUUUUUAA